GAAGAAGACGCAGCGGCCAUUUCAGGGUGUUUACACGAUUAUAAAUCACACUUUACAGUAAGAUCAAACUCUUUCUUUAAACUUACGACAACUGUGAUCAGAAGAAGAAGAAGAAGAAGAAUGGUCUCUGUGUGAUCUCUGAAGACAGAAAGAAGAGGAAGAAGAACAUUUUGUUUUUGUCAGUUUGUCACUGAAACCGAAAGUAAACCCGCACAGAUGAAGAGACGCCAUUUCAGUGUUCACACGAUUAUAAAUCAUACUUUACGAUUCCUCCGAAAGUGAAACUAAAUUCAGGAUCUAUUUUAAAGAGCGGAUAUUAAAUGAAGAGAGGAAUAUUCAUCAAAUAUCAUCAUUACUUGACUGAAUCUCUGAAUUGUCUGGAACAAUAGAUCAGUGGAUUGUGAAGCACUUUGUUGGUGAUAUUCUGGUCAGUAAACAGGAACAUCAACAGCUGGAGACUUGUCUUUGCAGGUGUAAAAUCAACAUUUUAAAUGCUGUCAUGACCUCCAGAAAGAGUCUCUCUGGAGAACGUCACACAAACACAAUGAAAAGAGAAUCUCCUGAACCCAGUUGUGUGUCCAUGAAGAGUGACCGGUCAAUGGAUCCUCCACGUAACUUCAGGUCACGACCCCCUUGUGCUAAUAUGAGAGAAUCUCCUGAACCCAGCUGUGUGUCCAUGAAGAGUGAUGGGUCAAUGGAUCCUCCACGUAACUUCAGGUCACGACCCCCUUGUGCUGAUGUGAGAGAAGCUCCUGAACCCAGCUGUGUGUCCAUGAAGAGUGACCGGUCAAUGGAAUCUCCACUUAACUUCAGGUCACAACCCCCUUGUGCUGAUAUAAGAGAUGAUGUGACUAUAGACCUGCAGCAGGAUUCUCCUCCACCAGUAGAUGAUGUUCUUCAGACAGUCAAAGACAAACACAAAACCAGCAUGAAGAACAAGUCUGAGAGAGUAUUUGAGGGAGUACACGAGAAUGAAACGCUCCUGAACAGGAUUUACACAGAGCUCUACAUCAUAGAGGGAGAGAGUGAAGGGGUGAAUGAAGAACAUGAGGUCUUACACAUGGAGAAAACACCCAGAACUCAACACCAUCAAGACACUCCAAUCUCCUGCAAUGACAUCUUUCAACCCUUCCCUGAAGCAGGAUAUAAGCAGGUGAAAAGGAGGAAAGAAGAAAUAAAGACAGUUCUUACUAAAGGCAUCGCUGGAAUUGGGAAAACAGUCUCUGUGCAGAAGUUCAUUGUGGACUGGGCCGAGGGAAAGGCCAAUCAGGAUGUAGAUUUCAUGUUUGUGUUUCCAUUUCGAGAGCUGAACUUGAUUAAAGAUGAGCAGUACAGUCUUCACAAACUUCUGCUGGACUUUCAUCCUGAACUUCACGAUCUGGACUCAAAGAUUUAUGAUGAGUGUAAACUUGUGUUCAUCUUUGAUGGUCUGGAUGAAAGCAGAAUUAAACUGGAGUUUUCAGACAGUGAGAAAGUUCCUGAUGUGACUGAGGCUUCAUCAGUGGGUGUGUUGAUGUCAAACCUCAUCAAAGGAGAUCUGCUUCCCUCUGCUCUCAUCUGGAUCACCUCCAGACCAGCAGCAGCCAAUCAGAUCCCCUCCAAAUACAUCAAGCGUGUGACAGAGAUUCAGGGAUUCAAUGACUCUCAGAAGGAGGAAUAUUUCAGGAAGAGAAUCAGUGAUGAGCAUCAAGCCAGCAGAAUCAUCUCACACAUUAGAAGAGCAAGAAGCCUCCACAUCAUGUGCCACAUACCAGUCUUCUGCUGGAUCUCAUCCACUGUGAUUCAAAACAUCCUGAAACAAGACGACAGUGCAGAAAUCCCUCAAACUCUGACUGAAAUGUACAUCCACUUCCUGCUCAUUCAGAUCAAUGUGAGGAAUCAGAAGUAUGAAGAGAAACUCCUGCAGUCCAACAGAGAAGUGAUUGUGAAACUUGCUGAACUGGCGUUCAAACAGCUGAUGAAGGGCAAUAUCAUGUUCUAUGAGGAGGACCUGAAAGAGAGCGGCAUAGACGUCACUGACGCCUCAGUGUAUUCUGGGAUCUGCACUGAGAUCUUUAAGGAGGAAUCUGUGAUUCAUCAGAGGAAAGUCUUCAGCUUCAUUCAUCUGAGCUUUCAGGAGUUUCUGGCAGCUUUCUUUUUGUUUUACUCACAUUUAAUGAAGAAGAAGAUCAGUGAAUCACUGCAGAUGAUUCUGGAUUCUAGAUAUAAAUCAGACAUUAGAGGAAACUCUCUGGAUGAUCUACUAACAGCAGCAGUUGAUAAAGCCCUUCAGAGUGCAAAUGGACAUCUGGAUCUUUUCCUGCGAUUCCUGCUGGGCAUCUCACUGGAGUCCAAUCAGAGACUCUUACAGGAUCUACUGACACACACAGAGAACAGUUCAGAGAGCAUCAGAGAAAUCACACAGUACAUUAAACACAAAAUCAAGAAUCAUGAAGUUAAAUCAGAUGUCACAAACAUCUUUUCGUCCAGUAAAGAUUAUAAACCUUUCUCAGCAGCCAGAUCCCUCAAUAUGUUCAGUGAUGACUGUAAACCUCUCUCAGCAGCCAGAUCCCUCAAUAUGUUCAGUGAUGACUGUAAACCUCUCUCAGCAGCCAGAUCCCUCAAUAUGUUCAGUGAUGACUGUAAACCUCUCUCAGCAGCCAGAUCCCUCAAUAUGUUCAGUGAUGACACUAAACCUCUCUCAGCAGCCGGAUCCCUCAAUCUGUUCAGUGAUGACUGUAAACCUCUCUCAGCUGACAGAUCCAUCAAUCUGUUCCUGUGUCUGCUGGAGAUGAACGAUCAGACUCUGUCCAGAGAGAUUCAGGAGUUUGUGAAAUCAGACAAACACUCAAAGGAGAAACUCUCUCCUGCUCACUGUUCAGUGAUCGCCUACAUGCUUCAGAUGUCAGAGGAGGUGAUGGAUGAGUUUGAUCUGAAGAAAUACAACACAUCAGAUGAGGGCAGAAGACGACUGAUACCAGCUGUGGGCAACUGCAGAAAAGCUCUAUUGACAGAUUGUAGAUUCACUGGUCAGUGCUGUGAAAGUUUGUCUUCGGUUCUACAAUCAUCAAACUCCCUGAGAGAGCUGGACCUGAGUAACAAUGACCUGCAGGAUUCAGGAGUGAAGCUGCUUUCUGAUGCACUGAAGAGUCCAAUCUGUACACUGGAGAUACUGAGAUUAUCUGGCUGCAUGGUGACAGAGAAAGGCUGUCGUUCUGUGGCUUCAGCUCUGGGUUCAAACCCCUCACACAUGAGAGAGCUGGAUCUGAGCUACAAUCAUCCAGGAGAAUCAGGAGUCAAGCUGCUCUCUGAGAGACUCAACGAUCCAUACUGCACACUGGAUAAACUCAAUGUGGAUCAUGGAGGAGAGUUCAGGAUUAGAACAGGACUACACAAAUAUUUCUGUCACCUCACUCUGGAUUUAAACACAGCACACACUAAUCUCAUUCUGUCUGAGGGGAACAGGAAGGUGACACGUGUGAGUGAGCGUCAGUCAUAUCCGGAUCGUCCAGAGAGAUUUGAUAAGUGUCAUCAGGUUCUGUGUAGAGAGAGUCUGACUGGACGCUGUUACUGGGAGACUGAAUUCAGUGGCGGUGGUGCUGCUAUAUCAGUGUCAUAUAAAGGAAUUGGCAGAAAAUAUAAUGAUGCUGACUGUGUAUCUGGAUACAAUUUAAUCUCCUGGAGUCUCUGCUGCUUUGGUGACGGAUUCAGUGCCCGUCACAAUAACAACUUCACUGAAAUACGAGUCCCUUUACGCCACUGUAAGAGAGUCGGAGUGUAUCUGGACUGUCCGGCCGGCACUCUGUCCUUCUACCACAUCUCUGACACACACACACUCACACACUUACACACAUUCAACACCACAUUCACUGAACCGCUCUAUGCUGGAUUUACAUUUUAUUGUAAUUCCUCAGCGAGUCUGUGUGAAACUGAUCAUCAGACACACACACACACACACACACACACACACACCUGAAUGAGUGAAAUAUACUCACUGUAUCUCACAUAAACACAACUCCAAACUCUUUCCAGAAAUCAUUUCAGGAAUUACAUUAAGUUGUUAUUUACUAUCAAAUUAAAUAAUAAUAAAAAUAAACAGUGUUGAAAUGUCAGUAACAUGAUCACAUGUGGUGAUCA